AUGGGGAUUUGAACUAGGAUAUCACACGCUUAUGAAUCACGUUACAGCUGUGUUGUGUUACCGAUUUUCUCACAUACUGGGCCCCCAGUGACAUGUCCUGCGCCUUAUCACAUCCUCCAGAAGGAGCACACGCCCCUCUCCAUAUAUCUUCUUGAUCAAUGGUGCGCUUUUACGCACAGUCACAACAUGAACGUCUGGACGCCUCGGCAAGCUCUCUUGAUCGCGCUCUGCCUGUUUGCGCUUUCGGGCGCGACAUCGACUUUCGAGGUGACACUGCUGCACACCAACGACAACCAUGCGCGGAUCGAGGAGACCAGCGAGGACUCGGGAAAGUGUCCAGAAAGCGGUCCUUGCUUCGCGGGGGUUGCCAGGAGGUUCACUAAAGUAUCGGAGAUCCGGAAACAGGAGAAGAAUGUGCUGUUUCUGGAUGCCGGAGACCAGUUUCAGGGAACCGUCUGGUUCAACUACUAUAAAGGCGCCGAAGCUGCGCACUUCAUGAACAAACUGCGUUAUGAUGCUAUGGCUUUGGGAAACCAUGAGUUUGACAACGGAGUGGAGGGUCUCAUCCAGCCCUUCCUUCGGGAUGUAAAUUGCUCUGUGGUGAGUGCCAACAUACGACCUGACCAGACUCUCAAGGCAAAUCUCAGCGGGUACUUCCAGCCCUACACAAUCAUAAAUGUGGGCCCAGAAAAAGUGGUUGUGGUGGGCUACACCACCGCAGAGACCCCAUUCUUAUCCAUGCCAGGCCAACACCUAAAAUUUGAGGACGAGGUGGAAACGCUUCAGAUCCUAGUUGAUAAACUGCAAACCUUAGGAUAUAAUAAGAUCAUCGCCCUGGGUCACUCGGGCUUUGACGUGGAUCGAGACAUUGCCAAGCGUGUGAGAGGGGUUGACGUUGUUAUCGGAGGACACACCAACACAUUCCUCUAUAAUGGAAAGCCCCCGUCCACUGAAGUUCCAGCAGGUCCGUACCCUUUUAUGGUGACAUCUGACGAUGGGAGAAAGGUGCCAGUGGUCCAGGCUUUUGCCUUUGGGAAAUACCUUGGAUAUUUGAAAGUAACCUUUGAUGACCAUGGGAAUGUGAUAAAAGCUACUGGGAACCCCAUCCUAAUGGACAGCAGCAUACCUCAAGAUCCAGAUGUCCUGGCUGACAUCCGGGAGUGGAAAAAAGACUUGGCUCAGUACUCCUCACAGUAUGUUGGACAAACCUUAGUGUACCUCAACGGAACAUUUGAAGAAUGUCGAUUUCGGGAGUGUAACCUUGGCAACCUUAUCUGUGAUGCUAUGAUUUAUCACAAUAUAAAGUAUUCCAGUGAACUGCAGUGGAAUCAUGUGGGCAUAUGUAUGCUGAAUAGUGGCGCCAUACGCUCAGCUAUAGAUGAGCGCUACAAAAAUGGUUCCAUUACUAUGGAGGAGAUCCUCACCAUCUUACCAUUUGGUGGAACCUUUGACUUGGUCAAGAUAAAAGGAUCGACGGUGAAAAAGGCAUUUGAGCACUCCAUUCAUAGAUACGGAAGCAUGUCUGGAGAAUUUCUUCAAGUCUCAGGUAUUCACAUAGAGUACGACCUCUCCAAAGCAGUGAACCAGCGUGUAGUGUCUGUGUCAAUGCUCUGCACCGAGUGCCGUGUUCCCAAGUAUGAACCGUUGAACCUGGAGAAGACGUACACUGUAGUCAUGCCUUCAUACAUGGUGGACGGCGGUGAUGGCUUUACCAUGAUUAAGGAGGAGUUAUUGAAGCAUAACACAGGUGACAUGGACAUUUCUGUUUUUUCCAAAUAUAUCUCAGACAUGAAGCGCGUGUACCCUGCAGUGGAAGGCCGGAUCACAUUCAGAAACUCAGCUGCCUUUACAGUCCACAGCCUUGGCUUGUUGCUGCUGGGUUUAUGUCUGUCCCUGACCCUCUGAUUGGCUUUCUACACUCUGGGAAGCUGUGAUAAACUGGAAACUCCUCUGGGACAUGGUUAAAUGUCUUUCCAUCUCAGUGCCUUCAAGGAAAACUAGAAGACAACAGUACAGCAGUUCCAGCCUCAGGGUAGAUUCAGUAUCUAGGAAGAGACUAGCUGGUUUUAAGAAAGAGAAAACAAAGUUCUGCACAAUAUGCUUCCACCCACAAGAUGAACAAUUUUAAUGUGAAAUAGUAAUGAUUGUUUACAUCCAACCAUGAUGUAAAUUUCUACAACACAUGAUUCGUCUUCUCAAAUAAACGAAAUAAUGAGCAGAGGCAAAGCUGUCUGGUUGCUGUAUCUCUGCUUUCACUCACUGAAUAGCAAUAGAUAGAAAUAAGUCUAAGUUUCACAGUAUUUCUGCUAACUAUGUGCCAAAUGUGCCAGAUGUAUUGUUUGAUUUCAUCCCAAGUCAGUUUCCUGCAGAGGAAGAACAAAGCACAAAUCAUUUUUGUUUUCAUAAAGAAUUAUAUUACGCUGGUAUGUUCAUCCAGCACAUGAGGUUGCAGACACAAAUGCAUUGCUGCAACAGUAGAUGUAGUACUACUAUAUUGUACUGCAAAUCUGAAAAACAUUGUAGUUUUUAUGUUUGUUCUCAUGGCAUCUUUACCUUUUCGAGCUUCUCCAGAGCUGACAGAAUAAGAUGUUUGUUUAAGAUCUGUUGCAGCUGCAGUUGCACCCAGUCUUUGUUUUUGUUUUUCUUCCAACACUUGCUGUUCUCUCCAAAGUCAUCUUCAUCCAGUACUUGUAUAAGCUUGUUACAAUAAACAGAAAAUGAAAGUAACAGGCA